CCCUGGAAGGAAUUAAGAUCAAUCAGGAGAUGUGAGGAUGUGAAAUAGAGAGAGGCAGGAGGAAAGAGAGAUGAGUGAAAGAGAGGGAGAGAGAGGAGGAGGAGGAGGAGACUGUGGCGAGUGGAGGCAGAGAGGGGAAGUGGAAUAGACCGCUGGGAUGCGACUCAGUGAGCGCUGUGAUCAAGACAGAGGGGAGUACAGGAGAAUACAGGGAAAGUGACAGAGAGCGCUGUGAUUGACACGCCGGUCAUGAGAAAAAGAAAAGAAGAACCUGGCAAAUGUCAUUCCUUUUUGAUUCCCGUCUGAUCGGCUGGUAUCUUCUGAUUUACUGUAGAGCUGAGUGAAUUAAUUGGUUUUCCUCGUCACUUCAAAGGUUUUUUGUCUCGCAUAUCUAAAAAAAAAAAAAAAAAAAAAAUGACGUAAAGAGGUGCAACCGAUCUCCGAGUGCUCUUUGGGGAUUGUCUGUUGGAUUGUGCCGUCAAACUUGUUGUUCCACCACCUUGGCUCAGCCUCUUUGCUCCGUGAGUCAUGGACCAGUGACAUUACGUGGUUAAGUUGAAUAAGCUUUCAUCAAGCUUGAUUAAUGAACUAUGAAACCGAAGGCAAUUUGAUAGUAACUCCCACUGACGAUGUGGGGAAUUAGAUGAGGACCGACUGCUCUCUGAAGAAUAUGUUCUCCAGGAAUCGCUUCAAUGGACAACAUGGAGCUGGUGUUGCCCCUAAAGGAGGCACAAAGGCAAAAGUCCACUCUCCCAAAAAGAGGGCACCAAACCCCAGGGUAGCACUGGUCAUUCGGGGUAAAAUACAUCGUCUCUUGCAAGGUUCCACAGAUCAUCAUGUACCUGAGUCCAACCUGUACUAUGCAGGUAUUGAGGAGGAGGAGGGGGAAACACAGGAGGGCAGAAAGGAGCACAGAAGUGUAUAUCCUAAGGUUAGCUCCAGGGCUGAAGCCUAUUCACCAAAAGUGUCAAAUGGAAAAGGACAUGGAGCACCACCUGGACCACCAUGUGUGGGAGAGGUGGAGCUGAACAGAGAGGGAUGUAUAAGAAUACCCUGCACCUUGCAACAUAAAAGCCGCAGAUCUCCAGGGAAUAUCAAACGAAUCUCCUUUGAGGGGGAAAUUCGGACAACUCCUGAGCAGAUGGGACCACCCCAACACUACAGUCCAUUAGGCUCAGACAUAAAUGGUACUAAAUUUGCAGGAGAAGCUCGCAGGGAUUUUGCCUCACCCUGUAUUCGGCCAAAGAGACCCUACUCCACUGGGGACUGUGUUGACUACAACUUCAACAGAGCUCUCCCUGGUACACUGCUGGAAGAGGAUGAAGAUAAAGAGGAGGAGUCAAGUGCUGUCAUUGAGCACAUUCUUAAAGAACUGAGGGGGAUCAACAAGAUCCAGGAGGAAAUCUCCGACCUCAGGGAUUACCUGACCUCUGUUCGUGGGUCAGUUGAGGAAGUAUCAUCCUGUGUGGAUGCUGUAUUGUUGGAGAUUGAGGGCAUUCGUUCCAGCAACAAGGCUGGUUCAGGGGUACAUGCAGGUACCUGGUCAGGGGUAGGGUGUAAAGAUGGACAAUCCCCCCGCCGAAGGCCUGCUAGUGCUUAUGGGAGUUUGGGGAGUGCAAUGCCAAAGUCUCGUUCAAAUUUUUUCCCCCAAGUCCCUAAUGAGCGCCAUAGCAUUCACGGAGAAUUACUGUUACCCAGGCCAGAGGAAUCUACUGUGUCCCCAAUAUCUGAAUCAGUGGAUCAUCAGGAGCUGGAAGAACAAGAGGAUACUUCUGACCAUAGCUCGGAUAUCCCAGAAGGCGCCAUAGCAAGAAAACUCAGCUUUGGCUACCUUGAAAGGCAGGAUGGCCAAGACUGUCCAAGCACCAGCUCCUUGUCUUCUGGUCAUAGUUCUAAGUCUGAGUCAGAUCUAGAGAGACCAUCAUGUAGACAUGGAAGGAAGCAGCAAAGAGCUGAUGAUGGGGAGGAACACUGGACUAGCAUUGGACCACCACACAGUGCCACUGGGGAAUCUGAAUGGCAUAGAGAAACUGCUUACCUUAGCGGCAGGAGUUUAGGUGAGCAUGAAGGUGACAGCCCUCUUUGCUGUGAGGGAGCUAGUAGCUGGGAUCAUUACAGAGGUGCAGGAGGAUAUGGUACAUCCGGGCAGUGCUCCACAGAAAGUUCAGAACAUCUCUCUGUUCGUUCUGGGAAACAUUACAACUCACCUGCCAGCACUUCUAGCAGGGACGAGUGGCAGUCACGGAGGAGAAGGCCUCAGACCAAAUCUGGGAUUCAUGUUCCAACAGCUACCAACCUUGAAAACCCUACCGCAGGAUAUGAGUGUGCUGCAGAUUUUCCCUACCCUCAAAGUUCUGGUUACCAUUCAGUUGAUGGGCAUGAUGGAGAUGCCGAGGAAUUUGAGUACAGGCAAUCAAAUGACCUGAGCUACAGGACAGACUGUCAAGUUGACAGUUAUCAGGAAAAUUACUUAGACUAUGAAGAGUCAUCAGCAGUGACAUGGAAUGAGUCAUCUUUAUAUACCACUGUAGCUGAUGUUGAUCAACCAUAUAUCCAAGAGACUGAAGCCAGUAACCAAAGCUUAGAAAAUCGACUCCCUCUCUCUGACAAUCCAGAUAUCCAAGCUGGUGGUUUCACUGUCAAGCGCAUAGGCCGAGCUGUACUUGAUUUUAGCUCUGCCUUGCGGGGAGCAUUGCGCAAACUUGAAGUACCUGGACCACAGAAUCCUGGAGAGGAAACAGACUUUGAAAUAUCAAUGCCUUCUGAUCUGCCUGCAGCUGAGUUUACUUCAAAACCUUUAUGUUACGAGGCACAAUUUGAACAAACAUCUGACAAAAUACCGAAAGGUGAAGUGGUAGAUCAUAGGAAUGCUGUAGGGGAAUUAAGCAAAAACAAUACUCUAGACAAGUUAGAUAUUUUCUCUGUGGAACCUAUGCUUGAGGAGGCCACCAACAGCCUUACUUUGGAGUCCAAAGACAACUGCCACUAUCCCACUUCUUCGGACAAGGUUCCUCCAUGCACAGAAGAACUUUCGAUCUGCCCUGACCCAAUUUCCAGUCACACUGCAGCACUGCCUCCACCUGAUGGCCUUAGAGAACAGCCUGCAGAAGGCCCUGCAGAUCUAACCGUUGUAGCCCAGCUUUCGCAGUUCACACCUGCAGAAUCCCUCUCAGUUUCCCUCUUGACUGAUGAACCUGCAGCACCAGAGGAGCAGGGAGAAAAUGAGGUACCACAGCCACAACAGUCCACCACAGACUCUGUGGCUCCAGUGGGCAAAGCAGAAGGAGAUGCAGCAGAGCAACCCACAGAGAUAAGUCAGAUGGAUGAACGCAGGCUAAAGUGCCUGAGGACCUUUCAGCAGAUUCUGAGGGAGAAGAGGGAGACCAGGCGCAACCUCACCAGUAUGACCAUGUCCACCUUCUCUCAAGAAGACUUUGAGCCAGACGGAAGUCAAGAUGGAGAUCAGAGCCGAGAUCAAGAUAACGACCCCAGCAAGCACCCGUGGGCCAAGCCAGGGGGAAACGCGCCCUUUGGUAUUGACAGCAUGCCAGACCUCCGCAAGAGGAGGCCCAUUCCCCUUGUUAGUGAACUGGCUAUGUCUAUGAUACAGUCCAGGAAAGCUGGACUCGCCCACACGCUGGCCACACGGACCUCCCUGAAAGACGAAGAGCUUAAGAACCAUGUGUACAAGAAGACCCUCCAAGCUCUGAUCUACCCUAUCUCCUGCACCACGCCCCACAAUUUCGAGGUGUGGACGGCCACCACGCCCACCUACUGCUACGAGUGCGAGGGUCUGCUGUGGGGCAUCGCCCGGCAGGGUAUGCGUUGUGCGGAGUGCGGAGUCAAAGUGCAUGAGAAAUGCCAAGAGCUGCUGAACGCUGACUGUCUGCAAAGAGCAGCGGAGAAGAGCUCCAAGACCGGGGCAGAGGACCGGACGCAGCACAUCAUCAUGGCUAUGAAAGACAGGAUGAAGAUCCGCGAGAGGAACAAGCCCGAGAUCUUCGAGGAGAUCCGGAAGCUGUUCAACGUCACCAAGAUGGUUCAUGUCCAGCACAUGAAGAGCAUCAAGCAGAGCGUCCUGGACGGCACCUCCAAGUGGUCGGCCAAGAUCAGCAUCAACAUCGUCAGUGCACAGGGUCUCCAGGCCAAGGACAGGACGGGCUCCAGUGACCCGUAUGUCACGAUCCAAGUUGGGAAGACCAAGAAGAGAACAAAGACCAUCUACGGCAACCUGAACCCAGUCUGGGAGGAAAAGUUCAGCUUUGAGUGCCACAACUCAUCAGAUCGUAUCAAGUUGCGGGUUUGGGAUGAAGACGAUGACAUCAAGUCACGAGUGAAGCAGCGUCUGAAGAGGGAAUCUGAUGACUUCUUGGGUCAGAGCAUCAUCGAGGUCCGAACUCUUAGCGGAGAGAUGGACGUCUGGUACAACUUGGAAAAGAGAACAGACAAGUCGGCGGUGUCUGGUGCCAUUCGUCUUCAGAUCAGUGUGGAGAUCGAGGGGGAGGAGAAGGUGGCACCCUACCACGUACAAUACACGUGCCUUCAUGAGAACAUCUUCCACUACUCAACAGAUGUGGAGGGAGGCGGCGUGGUGAAGAUCCCAGUGGCUCAAGGAGAUGAUGCAUGGAAGGUUUACUUUGAUGAGGUGCAACAGGACAUCGUGGACGAGUUCGCCAUGCGCUACGGCAUUGAGUCCAUUUACCAGGCCAUGACCCAUUUCUCUUGCCUGUCCUCUAAGUACAUGCUGUCAGGGGUGCCGGCAGUGAUGAGCACCCUGCUGGCCAACAUCAAUGCCUUCUACGCCCACCCCACCGCCUCCACCAACGUCUCUGCUCCGGCCAGAUUUGCAGCCUCCAACUUCGGGAGAGAUCGUUUUGUGAAGCUCCUCGAUCAGCUGCACAACUCCCUGCGUAUCGACCUCUCCAUGUACAGAAACAACUUCCCAGCCAGCAACAAGGCACGCCUCAGCGACCUCAAGUCAACGGUGGACCUUCUCACGAGCAUCACCUUCUUCAGGAUGAAGGUCUUGGAGCUGCAGAGUCCCCCCAGGGCCGCCAACGUGGUGCGGGACUGCGUCAAGGCCUGCCUGAACUCCACCUACGAGUACAUCUUCAACAACUGUCUGGAGCUCUUCAACCGGCAGUUCCAGCCAGCCGUGCAGCCACCCGAGCCAGAGAAGAAAAAGAAGCAGAAGAAGAAGAAGGAAAAAGUGGAAGGAGAGGAGGGGGAGGAGGAGGAGGAGGAGGAUGAAGAGGAAGAUGAGGAGGAGGAAGAGGAAGAGGAGAAGAAAGAGGAGAGCCAGCAGGAGGAGCAGGGCCCGAGCAUCCAGAAUCUGGACUUCUGGCCUAAACUCAUCACGCUCAUCGUGUCCAUCAUUGAGGAGGACAAGAACUCCUACACGCCCAUCAUUAACCAGUUUCCUCAGGAACUUAAUGUGGGUAAAGUCAGCGCUGAGGUCAUGUGGAUGCUGUUCGCUCAGGACAUGAAAUAUGCCCUGGAGGAACACGAGAAGCACAAGCUCUGUAAGACUGCAGACUACAUGAACCUGCACUUCAAGGUCAAGUGGCUUUACAACGAGUAUGUUAUGGACCUGCCCGCCUUCACAGACGCUGUGCCUGAGUACCCUGCGUGGUUCCUUCAGUUUGUCCUGGCCUGGCUGGCUGAGAACGAGGAGGUGUCGAUGGAGUUCAUGCACGGAGCGCUGGAGAGAGACAAGAGAGAAGGGUUCCAGCAGACGUCUGAGCACGCGCUGUUCUCCAGCUCGGUGGUGGACAUCUUCACUCAGCUCAACCAGAGCUUUGAGAUCAUCAAGAAGCUGGACUGCCCCGACCCGACGGUGGUGGGACAUUAUAACCGACGCUUCGCCAAGACGAUCACCAAAGUGCUGCUGCAGUACUCUGCCCUGCUGGCCAAGAGCUUCCCCUCCUACUGUGAGAAGGAGAAGAUACCCUGUGUGCUGAUGAACAACAUCCAGCAGAUGAGGGUCCUGUUGGAGAAGAUGUUUGAGUCGAUGGGGGCGAAACAGUUGGAUACAGAGGCAGCUGACAUCCUCAAUGACCUGCAGGUGAAGCUCAACACCGUCCUGGACAACUUCAGCACUGUAUUUGCCAAGAGUUUCCAGACUCGUAUUAACGGCUGCAUGCGUCAGAUGGCUGAGAUCCUCUACCAGAUCAAAGGCCCACCCAACCACAACACUGCAGAGGCAGAUGCUGACACCAUGCUGAGGCCCCUCAUGGAGUUCCUGGAUGGAAACCUGAGCAUCUUUGCCGACGUCUGUGAGAAGACAGUGCUGAAGAGAAUCCUGAAGGAUCUGUGGAAGAUCGUCCUGAGCAGCCUGGAGAAGACCAUCGUCCUGCCUCAGAGCAACGACAGCCUAGGUGCCCAGCUCCUCACAGCCGCGAAAGGACUGUCUAAUCUCAAGGGAGGCGGUGAAGCCAAAACCUUGACGCCCAAACAGUGUGUGAUUAUCGAUGCAGGGCUGGAGUCCAUCAAGCAAUACUUCCAUGCAGGAGGAAACGGGCUGAAGAAGGCUUUUGUCGAGAAAAGCCCUGAACUGGCCUCACUGCGUUACGCCCUCUCCCUCUACUCCCAGAGCACCGAUGCUCUCAUCAAGACCUUUGUCACCACACAACACUCUCAAGUGCAUGAUGGGAUGGGCAUCAGGAUCACUGGCAAUGAGAAGAUUCGACCUGACAGGGGUGCCGGGAUAGAGAAGCCCAUCGGAGAGGCCAUUCUUCAGAUCGACAUGAUGCUCGGGAAGGAACGCAAAAUCAAUGUCAGAGUCAUCGCAGUGAAUGAUAUGAAGUGGCAGACGUCCGGGAUGUUCCGGCCUUUCGUCGAAGUCUCCAUGGUCGGUCCCUUCCUGGCCGACAAGAAGCGCAAGUUCACCACAAAGUCCAAGAACAACAGCUGGUCGGCAAAGUUCAACGAAGCUUUCCAGUUUGUCCUGGGUAAGGAGUCCCCAGACUGCUAUGAGCUCCAGCUGACGGUGAAGGACUACUGCUUCGGCCGGGCGGACCGGGUGGUCGGCAUGGCCAUUGUUCAGCUGCGGGACGUCGCCGACCGCAAGAGCUGCGUGUGCUGGUGUCCGCUGGGGCCGCGCAUUCAAACUGACGAGACGGGCAUGACGGUGAUGCGUAUCCUGUCCCAGCGGCCUGCUGACGAGGUGGCCAAGGAGUUUGUCAAGCUGAAAUCUGAAACUCGUCCUGUGGAGGAGGGCAGAUGAGCAGCAGAAACACUGACUGACUCGAGAUGGGAGAUAGGUGGAAAAGGUGAAAAUAAGACAUGGAUAAUGGUCAGAGAUUAUAGAGUCAGGGCUACGCAUUGAUCCCAACUUUGUCUGAUGUUUAUGAGCACUGUCAUCUUCAUCCUGAGUGAACACAGACUUUGAGAUUCUGACUGACAGUAUUCAACACCGAUGAGAUCCUUCAAAAGAAACCGUACGAAGAAGCAAGCUGUCGUAGUUUGCUGAGAACUAGAAGUACGUUUUGGAAGGACGUGGUCUCUCCGAAUGUUGAAAAAGAAGAACACAUAGCAUUACAAUCAAGCAACAUGUGUUUAAAUCACCAACUCUGUGGUCAAACAUAGUUUUAGUUCACCUCCUGAUCUUCUAAGGGAAUGACUAUGACUAUUUUGGCUAUCUGUAGCAAAAUCAAACAUAUGUGUCACACGUUGGCCUUCAGAGCUGACCUCACAACGCUAAUCCAUAGCUUCUUACCAAACAUCCAUUCACUGGAGAGAGCGGAUUUGUGUCUUUGUCUAAUUCACAGUGUGGGAAGAAAUUGAGGUUAGAAAGGUGUUAGUUGUUAAACUGAAUGGACCUUCUGAUUGCUUUUAAAUGACUGUUUACCAAACUAAAGUAACUAUGACAUGACAUGAGUUAAAUUGGAGGAGGUCACCAACCAGUUAAUGUCACAAAAAAACACAUUAAAAUGAGAAAAUGUCAUACUCGCAAAUUGUAAAUUUGGAGAUUUAGCUGAUAAUGACAAUGAUUCCCAAAAAGGAGGGGAAAAAAAAGAAAAAGCUUUUGGUUUAUUUUUCAUGUAGCCGCAAAGUGUUUUAUUCCUGCCACUAGAGGGCUCUAAACCAAAACAAACUAACAGACAUAGGUAGCAUGGGAUUGUGGGAGUUGCAAAAAAAAUGAAAUACCAUCGCAGAUGAAAAUCUUUUUAAGUCUCAUUCACAGGCUUCUUUCCUCACACUCUGACUUUCUCCCACGCAUUCAUUGACAGGCAACUGAACGAAACUCAAUCAAAUGCUUUAACUUUACUUAAAUGCAGCCUUUAAAAACAGGAAAAGAUAAAACCUAUGCCAUGUCAUGAUGAAUGAUAUCCAAAUCUACGAUGAUACCAAGUCUAAUGUCAUGGUACCGAUUGAAUAUAUGUUGUAAAACCUUGAAAAGACAGAAAAUGAUGAAAUACAUCGCCUUAAAAAAAAAAUGCUGGCUAGCUAACGUAGCUAGCUCACACACUCAGUGGGAUUCAGGGAGACUUGUGUAGUAAAAAGGUAUUGAUUUUUUUUCAGAGGCAAAGAAUUAUGGGAAUAGUAGUUUAAAGUGUGCGACUGACUGACCUCUGGACUGUGGCCUGUUGAACAAAGCGCAGCUUCUCUGCACUGAGAAGAAACACAGUGUCAGAAGUUUUUAAUUUAGCGCCUCUGUUUUUUCCAAGUGUCAAACUGUGACUGUGAACACUGUUUACCCGUCCACCUGCUCUGAAUGGAAAUGACCAAAAGCUGACAACCUGUUUUGGUUAACACCUUUUAAUGCAGGACCAGAAAUGGACCUGUAUUUUUUUCCAUCUACUUUUACAGUUUUAAAUUGGAUGAGAACAAAGUUUUUUUUUUUAAAUGCCACAGCCUUGCCACGCAUGCAUAGUCACUGGACCAAUCUUAUGUUUCUGGAUACCAGAUUAGGCACACUACAAUCCUGGACUGUGAUGGAAAUAAUAUCAUGCAGACAGGUUGUUCAUUUGAAUGAAGUGAGACCGGGUUUUGAUCCACACUCUUGUCUGUUUACUACGUGCCAAGGAACGCAACUGUUCAGCCAGCCAUGUUGAACUAGCUCCCUCCAUGUAUUUUGGGUUGCUCGCUAACAGAUGUGGCCACUGUGGAUGUCCCCCUUUUUUGCUUCUGGUUCACCAAAACUAGCUGCACUUAGGCUCUAAACUGAACAGGAUCUAUUUUGUAGAACUUAGAUGAGAUAGUCCCGCAUUGUGUUGUUGGUUCUGCUGUUGGAAAAUGAGCAAAUAUUGGUCUGCAGGAGGGAAUAUAACUGCAUAAAAGGGGAUUUUUUUUACAAUGGCCACAACUGUAGUGACGACUGAACUCUUGCACUCUGUUUAAAAUAACUGUAAGUUUGUAAAAAAAAUAGAUAAAUAAUAAAUACAAAUAAAAGCCUACGACCAGAGCAUGUAUUUAUUGUAUACAAAGUCAGCUAGAAUUGUGAUCUUUUUCAUGUAUGUAGUGUGAAAUAUGAAGACUGAUCAAAUGUAUGUAAAGUAGUUAUCAUUAUUCUAAUGUGACAUAUGUUGAAUAUACUUGUAACAAUAUUUUGUACAUAAAAUAUUUAUGAAUCAAGA